AUUUCGACGUCGCAUAGAGUUUUCGUCUAUCUAUAAGACGUUUGAAAGUUUAAAAAUAUGAGAAAAAAGAAUUUUUUGAAAAUAUGCAUAUUGGUUUUUCUUUUCCUUGCUGGUAUCAUGGAUUUGGGAAUACUGGUGGUGAUUGGCACUUAUCAAUCCGAGUUUUUCUGGAUGUACCUAUUGUUUUACAGCAUAUAUUAUACGCUAGGUCUCCUAGGUACGGUGCGAGAGAAGUUCUCUUUAUUGUACAUUUUUGCCGCUUACAUAAUCGUAUAUAGAUGUAUGGACAUAGCACUGAGGACAAUGGAUAUAAUACAGACAGACAUUAAGGACGAGGAAACCGAAAAAUCGAAUCAAAAAGUCAAAAGAGACAUUCUCAUCAGGAAAGAUGGCAAGUGCUGUAUGUUUGGUGACGAUUCAGCCCAUGAGUACAUCAUACCAAGCUGCUGCCAUGAUGAUCCCAGGCUCGGAGAUCCUAUUUCUGAAGCCUGCAAGAUAGCAGGAUACGGGAUUUUCGCCUUUAGAUGCCAGAAGAGAAGUGAAAGAAAGAAGACAAUUUUUAGCGAUACUCCAAAGCAAGCUGAUGGCUUAUCUUUCUUCGCUAUGUUCUACUGUGUAAGAACUAUUAUUGAUGUUAUCAUUUUGUUCUUUGUUUUUUUGUUAGCUUACGUGUUGCAAUAUAAGAAAUGAUCCGCAGUGAAUUUUCAAUCCAAAACACUGUAUGACCAAGGGCAUCAUCUACAUGAAUAGGUA